GUGGGAAGCCGCCAUUUUCUGAAUAAAGUUGCGAGGAGCGGCCGAAAGGGGAAAAGCAGAAAUGUUUGUUUUAACCCGGUGGCUUGGGUCGGGCUGGUAAAACAGCCCGCGCGUUUUAAACCCCCUCCAAGCAUUAUUCGCGCGUGGAAACCUUUCCUUGUUUUUAAAUCGCUGCCAGAGGCCCUGCGUGCGGCGGAGUGUGGACACGUUGUUUGCAGCCUCGGCGGCAGCUGCUUGUUUUGAGGCCUUUUCCUUUGGAUGUUCGGAUUCUGACAGCCGGCUUUCCCCCGCAGCAGGGGGGCAAGAAGAAACAGACCCGGCUCGUUUAGAGCAGGACACCCAUUCCCAUUCCCGUCCCCUCUGCUCGUUUCCCAGCACCUGCCCCUCACGUCACUGGCGAGGUACCCCUGGCCUCUCUUUACCCCUCCCCCCCCUUCCCCCCCCCCCCCCACCCCCCCAUCCCCUUCCAAAAGGAUCGAUCACCAUGAUGAUAGAAAACCUUGAUGCACUCAAGACUUGGCUCACCAAGACUCUCGAUCCCAUAUGUGAUGCCGAUCCAUCCGCACUUGCUAAAUAUGUUGUUGCAUUGGUAAAGAAGGAUAAAACUGAAAAGGAGUUGAAGGCAUUGUGUGUUGACCAAUUAGAUGUCUUUCUUCAGAAAGACACGCAUACUUUUGUAGAAAAACUUUUUGAAGCUAUAACUGCAAAGAGUUACCUACCUCAGUUUGAGCAGUUGUCAUCUGUGAAUAUAAAAUCUGAACCUGCACAACGGCAGGAAAGGGAGGAUAAAAAAGAAGAGGGAAGUAAAGACGAUGAUGAUCGAGACAAAAAGUUUACAAGGCGUUUGAAUCACAGCCCAUUACAAUCAGGAUCGCGAUACAGAGACAACCGAAACCGUGAUGACAGAAAAAGUGAUCGUUCUCGUAAAAGGGAGUACGACCGCUAUCCUCCAAGGAGAGAUUCAUACAGGGACAGAUACAACAGAAGAAGAGGAAGAAGCCGAAGCUACAGUAGGAGUCGGAGUCGCAGUUGGAGUAAGGAAAGAAUCAGGGACAGAAGCAGGAGCAGGACUAGAAGCAGAGAGCGGGAUUCAGGAAAGUCAAAGUAUGAUCUCGACAGGACAGAAUCAGCAGAAAGUGGCUACACUCCUAAUAGUGUGCCUAGUAUAACAUCUGGACUUUUUCCUGUUCCUACUCUAAGUAGCGCAAUCACAGUUAUAGCGCCAGCUCACCAUGGCAACACCACAACAGAAAGUUGGUCAGAGUUUCACGAGGACCAGAUAGAUCACAACUCGUAUGGGAGAGGGCCAAUUCCAAAGAAGCGUUGUAGAGACUAUGACGAAAAGGGAUUCUGUAUGAGAGGCGACAUGUGCCCCUUUGACCACGGAAGUGAUCCAGUCGUGGUAGAGGAUGUAAAUCUUCCAGGCAUGUUACCAUUUCCUGCACAACCUCAUGCAGUUGAGGGACCAAAUCCUCCUGCCCUUCCACCACCACCACCACCACCACCCAUUCUGACUCCUCCUCCUCCUGUUAAUCUCAGACCUCCUGUACCCCCUCCAGGACCGUUACCACCAAAUUUACCUCCUGUUGCAGUGGGUCCUCCUCCACCAUUACCCCCCUUACAGCCACCAGGAAUGGAUGCACCCCCAAGUUCAAUUACUAGUUCAGUGCCUCCUGUUGUUACAUCAGUGAUUCAUCACCAGCUGCCUGCAGCACAACCUUCCCUAUAUGCAGCAGAAACCUAUGAAACUGAUGGAUAUAAUCCUGAGGCACCAAGUAUAACUAGUACUUCAAGACCAGUUUACAGACAUAGGGUGCACAGCCAAAGACCCAACUUAAUUGGACUUACAUCGGGUGAUAUGGAUUUACCACCACGAGCUGUAAAUAUAACUGUAAAAACAGAAAAACCUGCUACUAAUAACAACAUGAGAAUUGUGGUGGAUUCUGAGUCCAGAAAACGUACAAUAGGUGCUGGUGCUGAAGAUGUGCCUAACAAGAAAUCCUGGUUUGACAAGCCAAAUUUCAACAAAACAAAUAACCAAGGGUUUCAAAAGAAACCACAGUACGGAAUUGAAAAUACUAAACUGGAGCUUCGGAAGGUUCCACAGGAGUUAAAUAACAUCAGCAAGCUCAAUGAACACUUCAGCAAAUUUGGAACAAUCGUCAAUCUGCAGGUUGCUUAUCAAGGUGAUUCAGAGGGUGCCCUUAUCCAAUUUGCCUUGCAUGAAGAAGCAAAGAGAGCAAUCUCGAGUACAGAGGCAGUGCUUAAUAAUCGAUUCAUCAAGGUAUACUGGCAUCGAGAAAACAAUUUUCAGCAAAAGACAACUGCAAAUCAAAAGGUGAUUUGUGGACUACAACAGCCAGUUAAGCAACCCCCUUUUGCAGUUGUGAAGCAGUCGGUGAAGGACAGAUUGGGCCCUCUUCCAGAAGGAAAUAUGGAACAUACACACUCUCAGGUUAUGCCCAUAGCCAGCAUUCAGAAUGCACAAAAGUUGUCCGUUAAAGAUCGAUUGGGCUUUGUAACUAAACGCAUGGGACCAGCUCCUACUGAAAAGGUAUUAUCAACUACAACAGGUCUCACAAAAACAGUCUACAAUCCCGCUGCCCUAAAAGCAGUACAAAAAUUGGGUACUGUUUCAUCAGAUUCUACCGAGGCACCAAAAAAGAAACAGGAUACACUUCGACUUCAACAGGAUGUAAGAAAAAAGAAACAUGAGAUUUUGGCAAAACACAUCGACACCCAAAAGAUUUUGAUAUCAAAGCUGGAAAAAAACAAAAAAAUGAAAUUAGAAGAUAAAGCAGAGAUAAUGAAAACACUGCAGACCUUGACCAAGACCAUCACUAAACUACAAGAAGAAAUGAAAUCAGGUGGAACAAUCUCAUCUCUUCCUAAAACAGUGAAAACCAAAGCUCAGAUGCAAAGAGAACUGCUGGAUACUGAAUUGGAUUUGUAUAAGAAAGUACAAGCUGGAGAAGAUAUCACCGAACUUCGAAAAAAAUAUAAUGUACUUCAACUGGAGGCUGCCAAACGGGGGGCCCUUUCUUCGGUUCGUGGGAGAGGACACCACUCCAGAGGCCGAGGUGGGCACAGAGGUAGAGGCAGAGGUCGCCGAGGCCGGAAUCUACCUUUCCAUUCAGUAGUCGACCACCGCCCAAAAUCAUUGAAUAUCUCUGGAUUUUUAGAAGGGGACCAAGAUGAAGUCUUGCCACAUUUUGCACAAUUUGGUGAAAUCGAGGAUUGUCAAAUUGAGGAUGGUUCUUGUCAUGCAAUCAUUACGUACAAGACGAGGGCAGAAGCAGAGGCUGCUGCUUUACAUGGAAUUCGUUUUAAGGGGCAGGACCUUCAACUUGCUUGGUACAAACCUGGAUGUACCACCACUGUUGCUGAGCCUGAAGAUGUGGAGGCAGAUGAAGAGGAGGUGCACAACCUUUUAUCCGGAGUUCCGGAAACCGAAAAGCUCCGAAAACCGGCCAUUUUUUCCAGGAUGUUGUCUGCACACCAAAGCUCGCGUUUGGCGCCAAACUUGACCCGAAACGACCCAUGGUCAACCCAGUUUCAGGAAGAAUCUUUGAUUGAUGAUUCGUUACUGCAAGACGAUGAUGAUGAAGAUGAUGAUAAUGAAUCGCGUUCUUGGAGAAGAUGAUCAGAGAGUUUACUUGAAGAACGCAAUGCUGUCUACAUUCUAAAUCAUAAUGUGAUGAAUUUGUUUUUUUUCUAAAAACUAAUGUACUAAAGAUUGUAGUGAAUUACCUGUAUUAGUCUAGAAGCACAGUUUGGGAUAGAGGGUUCAACCCUGCAAUGACUUGCUACUGUACCUGAAAGAUUGAAAUGAAAUUACGGCUUUAUUUGCAACAGGAGACAUGUAUGUAAUUCAUUUUUUAAAUUCAUUUUGUGAAACUUGGUAUGCAAAAUGUUAAUUGAACUUCAACCUGAUAGACAUACCGAGACUUUACAUGUAAUUUACCUAUUUUGGUCAUAUGAUCUGACCAAACGAAGACCAUUUCAAUGUAACUAUUAUAAAUGGUUCCAUGUUGUUAUGGAAUGAGAGAUUGAUAUUGAAUCUCUAUGGAUGUUUUGAAAAUUGCAGAUAUUCUAAGUUUUGUGAUAAAGCAGAGAACUUGGCAAGUACUGAAAAGUGCUCUUGUUUGUUAAAAGUUAUGAAUACCUUUUGUUUUGCAUAGUUUGCUUUAGGCUUUACUAUGUAUUAGCCUUUUUUUUCUGUUGGAUUUGUGUAUGUAUUUUACUUGGUUGAUUUUAAACAUUCAUUGUACAACAAAUCGGUCCAAAGUCUUUUUGACUUUUGAGACCUGUUUAACAAAUAAAGCAAUGGAAUGGUCUAAUAUAUAUAUUAAAAAAAAACAAAAAAGAAAA